AUGGUGAAACUCUGCCAUGUCACCACUUUCUUGUUCUUCGUUGUACUCAUGACAAUAUCCCCUCCAGUCAAUAGUUCCAAUAACAUAAGUGUUAUUGCGAAUCCUCGAACUGUGAAGGUGCCAUUAGUUGUAAUAUUAACAGAUGUGGUGUUAAAAGAUAUUUGCUAUCAAACAGGGGACCCUUCUCUUUGUCACUUGAUUCUCAACCAUUUCCGAGGCAAAACCCUCUUCCCUAAACCUCUUGCGAAUGUAAUGGACAUUGUAAAGGGUCAUGCUAGAUCGACAUCGAAGAAGAUUUGGGGCAUUUAUGAUGGUAUAAAAGACCAAAAAAAAAUUAAAGUCAAAGGGCGGUACCGUAAAUGUAUGAACAAUUAUAUCAGCGCAAGGAAUCAUUUGCGGAAAGCUGAAAAAUUCAUGGUUGCAGGAAAGAUAAGAAUGACAAGGCUUCACACUUCACUCGCUUCGGCUGACGUUCGUUCUUGUGACCAAGAGUUAGCUAGGCACUUUCGCGAACCGUUGGGUAUUGCUAAGGAUAAUAAGAAGUUUAAUAAUCUUUGUAGCAUUGUGUUCGCCAUAUGUGGUGUCUUGAAGAGGAACUUCAUGCUCGGUUAG